AGUGCUUAUUCCGGUCCGAGGCGGCGGGAGCUGAGGUGGUGUUUCCCGCCCCUCCACUGCGCGGCGGCCGGCCAUGUUGCUUCGCGUUGUUCCGGUAUUCCGCACUUUAUCCAGCAGCCUGAAUCGCACCACCACCACCGCCGCCGCUGCUGCUGCUCUCACUCACUCAUUCACUCGAGCAGGAAAGCGACCUAAACGGUCCGGAUAAUGGAUUUUUUUUUAAUUCUACAUCCUCAAGACUUUGGACGUCACUCUAAACAGUAGAUAAAAUCGCAGUCUACUUUAUACGUCGUGUUGUUUUGAGUCGUGUGGUGGCUGUAGUCGGAUGCGGGCGGACUGUGGAGGAAUCUGAGAGUUUGUGGGGAUUUGGUCUGAAGCCUGACUGACUGGACGGCUAGCUAACAGUUGCUAGUGCUGGUGUGUAUUAGGUUCGCUGGAGAACCCUACCUUUGAGUUUAGUCACGUGUACAAGUUUUGACGUUUGUUAUAUCAUUUAGUUUCGGCCGACAUUGGAUUCGUUUGACGCCGCGCUGAUUUGUUUGUCAUUGUAAGGUGUGUGUGUGUGUGUGUGUGUGUUUUUCCGCAGCGAUUGUCAAGUUAAGGUGAGCUAGCUGGCUAGCUAACGUUACCUGAUCCAAGCCCGGCCUGAUGAUAUACUUGAUUUUAUGUUUAUACACCAAUUUGGUUUAAAAAGUAAAAAAAACAACAACAUUGAAUUAUCUGUGUUUUCUUCCCGUUUGGGCAUGUCAACACGCUUCAGACGUGUUGAAGUUAUCCAGCCAGCAUCCAGUCAGAUUUCAUUCGACGUUAAAUCUAAUCAACAGGGGUUCGUAUGGUUCCCGAGAGCUAAUCCGACGUCGUAGAAAAUAGUUGAUCAGAUACCGAAUAUUCGAAAAGGCGAAUAGUUUAAAGAGUCGUGUCUUUGUUGUGUGUGUUGUUGCGAUACCGUCCUACACUGUGGACAUGGACACGUACUUGUAACUAAUGUGGGACUCGACUUGUUGAUCUGUGUUCGCGUGGCUAGCGAGGGUUAGCUGGCUCGUUCACACCACUACUGGGGAACCACACACACACACACGAGAGAACGUUACUGAAUGCAUGGUUUGGAAACCUUUCUGAAAGCUCCUCGCAAAUGUCAACGUGGAACCAAGGAUUAGGAGUCAUCGAUUCUUCAGGACAGACCUCCAUAGACCCCAAAGCAGGAGGACGUUCAAGCAUGUCGCGAAGAAGCACCACGAUCACCGGAACAUCAGACGAGCAGCCGCACGUCGGACAUUACCGCCUGCUCAAAACCAUCGGCAAGGGCAACUUUGCAAAAGUUAAACUGGCCAAGCACAUCCUUACGGGAAAAGAGGUGGCGGUGAAAAUCAUAGACAAGACGCAGCUCAAUUCUUCCAGUCUUCAAAAACUCUUCCGAGAAGUGCGAAUCAUGAAGCUUUUAAACCAUCCAAAUAUAGUGAAGUUAUUUGAGGUGAUCGAGACAGAGAAGACCCUGUAUUUGGUUAUGGAGUAUGCCAGUGGUGGUGAGGUUUUCGAUUACCUUGUCGCUCAUGGAAGGAUGAAAGAAAAGGAGGCUCGUGCCAAAUUCAGACAGAUUGUUUCUGCGGUGCAGUAUUGCCACCAGAAGUGCAUUGUACACAGGGACCUAAAGGCCGAGAACCUCUUGCUAGAUGCAGACAUGAACAUUAAGAUAGCGGACUUUGGUUUCAGCAACGAGUUUACCGUGGGAAACAAGCUGGAUACAUUCUGCGGCAGCCCCCCGUACGCCGCACCUGAGCUCUUUCAGGGCAAGAAGUACGACGGACCUGAGGUAGAUGUCUGGAGCCUGGGGGUCAUUCUAUACACACUGGUCAGCGGCUCCCUGCCUUUUGAUGGACAGAAUCUAAAAGAGCUUCGAGAGCGUGUAUUGAGGGGGAAGUACAGGAUUCCCUUCUAUAUGUCUACAGACUGCGAGAACCUACUGAAGAAAUUCCUCAUUCUCAACCCAACCAAAAGAGGCAGUCUAGAGCAAAUAAUGAAGGACCGCUGGAUGAAUGUGGGUCAUGAGGAGGAGGAAUUAAAACCCUACAUAGAGCCCCGGCCUGACUAUAAGGACCCCAAGAGAACAGAAAAAAUGCUGCAAAUGGGCUACUCAAAAGAGGAAAUUCAGGAUGCACUUGUCAACCAAAAAUAUAACGACAUUAUGGCAACGUACCUGCUGCUUGACUAUAGGAACUCUGAGCUUGACGAAGGCAUCAACAAAGCUCGACCAGGAAGUGACCUCACAAACAGUAAUGCACCCUCUCCACCUCACAAGGUACAACGCAGUGUGUCCUCUACUCAGAAACCACGAAGGCCCACAGAUCAGGUCACACAUUCUAAACGGCCUCAGGGGGAUAACAAGCACACAGGUGAGGAUUCUGGGCGGAAAGGGUCCAGUGGCUCGACCAAAGUGCCACCCAGCCCCGUUGUCCCAGGAGACAGCAAAAAGAGCUCAACUCCCUCCACUAACAGUAUCCUGUCCACGGGCACAAGCCGCAGCAGAAACUCUCCGCUCACCGACAGAGCCUUAUUGGGAGUCCAAAAUGGCAAAGACAGCCUGAACACACCCGGGUCCCGCGCCUCGACGGCCUCGGCCGGCGCCGUACUCACAUCGUCCUCGUCCUCACGUUCCCGUCAUCACAAGUCCAUGUCCUCCUCAGCCCACCCAUACCCCGCUGACCUGCACGCACACCAGCCCAGUGGUCCUCCUCAGAGAGCACCUGGUGCAUCACCAUCAGCUUACAACAUCAGCAGCGCUACAGGCCCAGAGCGUACCAACUUUCCACGAGGGGUGCCUGCCAGAAACACCUUCCAUAUCGGUCAGCAAAGAGGGGCACGGGAUCAGCAAGGCUCACCAUAUCACCCUUCUCCAGCCUCACCUUCCCUCUCUCAUGGUACCAGCCAACAACGGAGACAACCAACCUCAGGCAUCUUCAGCAAGUUCACCUCCAAGUUUGUACGCAGAAAUCUAUCAUUCAGGUUUCCCAGAAGGAGCCCGUAUGAGGGAGAAAGUCAAGACGAGGGCAGCAGAUCCAUGCUGAGCAGCGCCGACAAGGCAGAGAAGACCGGAGUAGGAGGGGGGACGCUUGGCUCAGGUGGCGGGGACGAGAACAAGGACUCUCUUUCCUCCUCCUCUCCAAGAGGCGGGACUCCGCCCCCGUCUGCGAAAGACAACACCAAGCCUCGCUCUCUGCGAUUCACCUGGAGCAUGAAGACCACGUCGUCCAUGGAGCCCAGCGAGAUGAUGAAGGAGAUCCGUAAGGUUCUGGACGCUAACAGCUGCGAAUACGAAGUGCGCGAGCGCUACAUGCUGUUCUGCAUGGCCGGUAACCCAUCCCGGGACGACUUCGUCCAGUGGGAGAUGGAGGUGUGCAAGCUUCCACGGCUGUCCCUCAACGGCGUGCGCUUCAAAAGGAUUUCCGGCACUUCCAUCGCCUUCAAGAACAUCGCUUCCAAAAUCGCCAACGAGCUCAAACUGUGAGAGGGAAACUGUAAAAGUUACAGUGGGGCAGGAGAUGGUGAUAAAGGGGGAAAUGUUAACCACUGGGGUGUGAGAUUGUAAACAGGACCGAAAUAAGCUGUACAGAUCCAACACGCUGAAAUACAGUGUGGUGUAUGAGAGAAAAAAAGUGCUGUAUAUGUUGAUUUUGCUGGUUUCAGGAUCACUGGCCUUUACUCUCAUCUAUCACUUGAGGAAAGGGGUGAAAGGAAAGAAACACAAUUGCUUUACUUCUGUCCACUAUGAGAAGAUACCAACAUAAAAAAACUUUUUUUUUUUUUUUUUCCGUGAACUCUGUUUUUGUCUUUAACUCCGUGCACACACACACACACACACACACACACACACACACACACACACACACACACACACACACACACACGCGCACACACUGGGCAUCCGGACAGAGAUUAUGAUUCCUGCACAUGUUGUCAUUUGUUUUACCGUGUAGAUUGGGGUCAGAGUUUCCCCACAAACCCAUUCUCACUCCAUUUCUUCCUCUUCUUUUUUUGUUUUGUAUUUGUUUAGUUUUUUAUGGUGUUUUGUCAGCGAGGUUACACCUCAUCAGCACCCAAACCUUAAGAGAGGGCCACCACUUGAAGCCCCUCAAAGGAUUGUGUGUUCUGCUUUUGGUGAUUUAGUUCUUCAUUGACUGGGUUUGUAAUUUUUUGCACUGGAACGGGUGUGUUUUUGUUGUCCCUCCUCCCCCCCCCUUUCUGAAAUCAAUUGUAUUUCAAUGUUGUAAAAUCGGUGAUUUCUGCAUUGUUAUUCUUAGGAUGUUUUUUUUUUCUUCCUUGUCGUUUCGAAAAAGCGUUCAUGUCUUGCUGUAAUAAAUUACCACACAAUAACAUCAGACUCCACCAAACCUUGCCGUUCCCCUUGGACUAAACGGUCACUGGAAAGAAGACACUGCGAAAGAGGACUACAUCCCCUACAGCUGUCAUUACAAGACUGAUCUCUCGAUAGGCUUUAUCUGUAAGCCCACCUUCCAAAUCCAGGAUGCUUACAACCUGAAAGCUGCAGUGGUUUGGUAGCAAAUUAAAUAAGCCCCAACGUCACUUUGAGCAUUACCCUUUUCAUGCUUGUCCCCUUCCGUCAUGGGCAUAAGUCUGAAUGAGAGUGAAUCAUCUGUGUAUAACCAAAAGGUUACUGUGGGCCUUUUGUCUUGAUCUUCAUGCAGUGAUUGUAUCAAGUAGCAGUGAAGCCCACAAAGAACUACACAUCAGGAACUGAUGAUCCGACUACCACUUGGUUUUAAAUCUUUUUUUUUUUUUUUCUCCGUUUGGAUAUUCUUGAUCAGGUGUUGGUAAAGACAUGUGAGAAAGGUGGAUGUGUAUGUGAGUUGUCUUGUCUUUCCACUGAGCUAUACUUGUUUUGCAUGCCUGGAUACACACGGAUAUUAUUGAAACAGUAGGGGGAGCAAUGGUGUCUCUUCCAAGUCUGAGUGGUUUGUGGGACAUUGUGCAUCUGUGUUUUAUAUCUAUUUUUAUUUUUCCCAGAAUUUUUUUUGUCACAUUAUUUGCAGUUCUAUUAAUGAUCAUUGUCUAAGGUGCUGGGGAUCCAAUUGUCGGUUAUCUAUUAAUAUAAUUUUUCUUUUCUUCAGGGUUGAUUUUCUUUCAUAUCAUCUUUUUCAUUGCUGUAAUUUUAAUAUAUAUUUUUUUUCCCUUCGUCAGAACUGAUGUGUGUCAGGGAUAGAAAGAACUCCAAAUGUACAUUUGGUGCGAAGAGAGAUGAUUAUGAUCAAUGAUAGUAAUAAAUGAAUAAUGAAACUCAAA